AUGGAGGCGUGGCGGCAGUGUGCCCACUGGCUGGUGGCCGCGCGCGUCCUGCCCGCGGGGCACCGUGCCAGCGGCGCCGGGGGGCAGGUGUGGGACCUGGCGCAGGCGCUGCGCGACGGCGUGCUGCUGUGCCACCUGCUGAACGCGCUGCUGCCCCGCGCCGUGCCACCGCGGGACAUCUGUCCCCGGCCGCAGAUGUCACAGUUCCUGUGCCUGAGGAACAUCCGCACCUUCCUGACGGCCUGCGCCGACAAGUUCGGGCUGCCCAAGCACCGGCUCUUCGGCGCCUUCGACCUCUUCGACGUCCAGGACUUCGGCAAGGUGAUCGAGACGCUCUCCACGCUCUCCUGGACGCCGAUCGCGCAGAGCAGAGGCCUCACGCCGUUCCCGUCCGAGGACAGCGUUGGGGACGACGACGUUUACAGCGGCCUGUCCGACCUGAUCGAUGACACGGCCGAGGAGGACGAUGACCUCUACGACUGCGUGGAGGCCGAAGGCGACGACGGCGACGACGUCUACGAGGACCUGAUGAGGGUGGAGCCGCCCCCGGCCGCGAAAGGCGCCGUGGACCGGCGGCUCUGCUGCCUCCAGGAGCUGCGGCAGACGGAGGAGAGAUACACGGAGACGCUGGAGUCCAUCUGCCAGCAUUUCCUGCGGCCGCUGCGGCACUUCCUGAGCCCCCAGGACAUGGAGAGCGUCUUCAUCAACGUGGAGGAGCUGCUGGGGCUCCAUCGCCGUUUCCUGGGGGAGCUCCGGGGGGCGCUGGGGGGGCCCGGGGGGGGGGGGCGGGCGCUGCCCCCCCUGUUCCUGCAGUACAAGGAGAGGUUCCUGCUCUACGGCCGCUACUGCAGCCAGGUGGAAGCGGCCGCGCGGCGCCUGGACCAGCUCUCCACCUGCACCGACCUGCGCAUGAAGCUCCAGGAGUGCUCGCAGCGCGCCACCAACGGGCGAUUCUCCCUGCGCGACCUCCUGAUGGUGCCCAUGCAGAGGGUGCUGAAAUAUCACCUGCUGCUCCAGGAGCUGGUGAAGCUGACCCCGGACGCGGCCGAGCGGGAGCGGCUGAGGGGGGCCCUGGACGCCAUGAGGGACCUGGCGCAGUGCGUGAACGAGGUCAAACGGGACAACGAGACCCUGAAGCAGCUCACGAGCAUCCAGCUCUGCCUGCACAACAUGCCGCAGUCCCUGGCGCAGUUCGGGCGCCCCAAGAUCGACGGGGAGCUGAAGGUCUCCAGCGCCGAGAGACGCUCCAAGGUGGACAGGUACGGCUUCCUGCUGGACAAGGCCCUGAUCAUCUGCAAGCGCCGCGGGGACUCCUACGAGACCAAGGACGUGGUGGACCUCCAGAGCCACCAGCUCCACGAUGGUGACCUCGAGCCUCGCGAUGGCAAGAAGUGGUCCCACACCUUCAUGCUGCUGGACAUGGCCGGGCUGCCGGACUACGAGCUCUUCUUCAAGACGCGCGAGCUGAAGAAGAAGUGGCUGGAGCAGUUCGAGAUGGCCCUGUCCAACAUCUUCCCUGAGAACGCCCUGGCUGAUGGACACGACUUCCAGAUGUUCUCCUUCGAGGACACCACAUCCUGCAGGGCCUGCCAGAUGUUGCUGAGGGGCACCUUCUACCAGGGCUAUCGCUGCAGCCGCUGCCGAGCCCCCGCCCACAAGGAGUGCCUGGGGCGCGUGGGGACCUGCGGGAAGGCCGGAACUGACCCCGGAUCGGGCGGACGGAAGAACAAAUCGCAGCGCCCGGGACCCGAAAAGAAACGGGGGGAGCUGGGGCUCCCCAAAAUGGAGAGCACCCAGCCCUACCUGGGGGUGCCGCCCCCCCCGGGGCUCCUGGCCCCGCCCCUUCGCCUCAGCCCCGGUGACGUCAUCGAGGUGACGGCGGCCGAGGCCGAGGAGCUCUGGUGGCAG